UUUUGUUUUAAAUUUACUAAAGGUUCAUAUACAAUACAUAUACAUCAACUGAUAAUGCUAACGCAUAAUUGUUUGAGAUGUUAUUGAGAAAAUAUAGCACUUAAAUAUUUCAAGGGUAGCACUUAACCCUCAUUAUCUUUCACAACUCUUAACAUCUUAAAAUCUAGUAAACAGCUUUUGGAGAACCUUCGGGUUUGGACAAAAGGAUAUCAACAAGUAAAGGGGUAAAACCAAAUUUUGCCUGAGUUGACAAGCAUUCUGCUGCUCUCUGCCAAUUCGAGAAAGGAGAUGGUGAAUGUUAUCCUAGCCUUUGUAUCCCCGUUUCAAAUCCUUCUUUGGUGUUGCAAAGACUUGUUUUACGUCAUUGGGAGCCGAACACCCCAACGAUGAAUAGCUCCUAAAAAACGGACAAAUCUUUUUUGGCCUAAAUUUUUUUUAGGAUUCAAAGCCUUACAGAAGACACCUCCCGGGAAGACACAUCCUUAGUUAAAAAUGUCCUGUGAAGUCUAUACAAGUUGUCUGUGACAACUAAACAUGACCAAACAAUGACGCUACAAGUAGGAUUUGAGCAGGUGCAUUAUACCUGGUUUAAAAAAGUUUAAUCUUUUCUGCAAUGUAUCCUGCAGUUUCUUUCAUUCUACUCCAUGUGAUGCUCUGUUAAAAUAUGAAAGUGACCGGUGCUUAAAAAAAUUUUAUUGUGAAGGGUUAGGGAUUCCAGGAACGGUUGCAAUAAGUCUUCACGGUGGCUUAAUGAUUGGUCGGCCAAUGAAUUUAUUCGUUGCUAACUUCUUAUCAUCCACAAAUGAUAAGCAAAUGCAGAUAACAUAUCACUUUUAGCGGCCGACAUAACAUUGUUGUUCCAUUCUUAAAUGAAAGCCAAACAUUAGUGGAAGGGGGAAUCAUGAAAAAUCACGAGGAAGGGAGGAUCAUGGAGAAGAAUUAUAUAUUCUCAAUUCAAUGAUUCCAAAUGUCUAGCUUAAAGCUGGAUAGCUUGUCUGGAUAUUUAGAAGAUCUCAGAAAAUGUUCUGCGUUUGUCUUUACUAUCUGCAUUUGCCCCAAUUCUAGGAUAAAACUUUCCAUUGCUAAGUACAACUUAUCAAUAAAAGUUUCGAAAGCUCGUUCCAACUGCACUUCGCUAACAAUUGCAUUUUUCAAACAAAUAAGAAGAAACUAGAAAGUGUUUGACCUAUCUGGAUGGGGUCGCAUUUGGUUUCUUUGUGGAUAAAAAGCCAUCAAUCGCAAAACAGGCUAAUAAUCAAAACAAAUUUUCUUUGGUAGCUGUUUUUUUUGCAAAUUGAAAGACAGCUUGUAUUCUUAAUGCUAAAUUAAAUAUUUAUGCGUGUGAUAGUAAAGCAUUCGCAGGCUGUAAUGGGAGUCCAGUUCGAUUGUCACAUACCUGCCGACUAGUGUAAAACCAAGUGGCUUGAUUGACAGAAAAGCUUCGCGACUACAUUUCAAAUAGACAGUGGAUCAAUUUGAUUGAAAAAGUUUAAGAAUGGGAGGACAUCACGCCAAGAUACCACCUAAGGAACUCUGUGACCUUUGCAGCAGAACAUGUUUUGAUGAGAAAGAACUGAAAAUGUGGCAUGAUAAAUUCAAGAAAGAAUACCCCAGUGGAAGCAUUACCAAACAGGACUUCAUUAAGCUGUACCGAGAUUAUUACAAAUCAGGGGAUGCUAAAAGAUUUUCAGAACACGUUUUCAGAGUUUUUGAUGCAAACAAUGAUGGAAGAAUUGACUUCAAAGAGUUUGUCUGCGCCCUGUCGGUGACAACACGAGGGUCUCCACAAGAGAAACUACGUUGGGCAUUUAGUAUCUAUGACAUUGAUGGAAACGGCUGCAUAACUGCAAGGGAACUGGUGACAAUAAUCAAAAGCAUAAAAUCAAUGGCAGACGCUUUAGAUGAUCAAAAUAUAUCUGAUGAGAAGAUUUUGGAGAUAUUUAAGACAUUUGAUUUAAAUAAGGACGGUGUGUUAACGGCAGAUGAGUUCAUGAUAGGUGCAGGUAAAAACCCGCUUUUCAUGAAAAUGUUGGAAGAUUACGUAGCAUCAUAGCUAUCAUGUACUCUGAAACAUUUUUUCGCCUGCAAUUUCAUACCAUACAAGUACUGGUGUUGGUAUUCAGCAUCAACUUAUAUACAAUUGCGCAACUUUGCAUAUGAUGAAUUUUGCUAACAGACUGAAAGGGUAUUGUAAAAUUGCUUGAUUUACAGAAGAACAGUCUCUGGCUGACUAGCAGCUCCAUAGACAAAUUUAUCAUUCAACCACAUUAAGAAAAUAAAAUAUCUUUUAAGACCUUUUUAAAUUGGUUUAGAAUUAAGAAGCAUUUGAUCUUAUUGCUGUCCGCUGAAUACGUUUGAUUAAGCUCAAUAGCAAAUUAAUUCUAUCUUUCUGUAUUUUCUUUGUUAUUUACUUUCUCAAAAUUAGAAUGAAUAACAUUGAUACAAUUUCAAUCGACAGUUCUAUUGUUAUAUCUCAGUUCAACAACUAAAUCAAUGUUGCAAGAACGUUCACGCCACGUGUAGCCAAGAAUUGAUAGCUGAAAUAUAAACUUUUAGAUUAUAUCAUUAACUUUGUCCGUUAUACGAAUAUUGCUUUAAGACUCAGAUGUCUUUCCUUCUGACAUAUAUUGCAAAUUAAACUGCUCUGAUAACAAGCAGAAUGAAUGGUAUGAUGUGUCCUGAAUUUGGAAAAGGAUCCUUGCGUUGUUGUAUAGCUUGACCACCUUGCCCAUUAUAUAAAAAGUAAUACUGUACUUUCAUAAAUGUGUUUAUAGCUUGCCUACUAUUCACAUAUUUAUAGGAACGGUAUUGUGUUUUAAGAAUUGCCAUGGUCCCUAUCUUGUUUCUUGUGACUUUACAUCGUGGUGAUGGCAUGAUCGAUGAGGAGUAGGAAUAUGGCCUAUACGGUUUUGUUUCCGGGGUCUUCAGAAUAAAGCAAACUAUAAAAAGACUUCAUCUUGACGAGCAAUUUUGGUAUUAGCGGAUUCGAUUAAACGUAUGAUAUGAACUUUGGAUCCUAGAUUUGGAUUUGCAAAUAAUUUUCCUUCAACAGAACAGGUACUUUCAAAGACACCUUCAAGGCUGCUGCAAAUUUGACUGAGACUUAGAUACA